AUGCAGCAUGCUAUACUAACGCUUAUACGGCAUGCAGAAACCACAGGCAACCUCAAUCGACUCUUGCAAGGCGUAACAGACUCGCCUGUCACUGUAUUUGGUCAAGCACAGAUCGAUGCUUUAGCUCGGACGUGGGCUACCACUUGCCGUGGAAAUGUAGAGGACAGGGCAUCGAAGGAGUCAACAUCGAUCUUGGACCUGCCACCGCCGACACUGAUCGUAUGCAGUCCAAUCGGAAGGGCUCGUAAGACAGCUGAAGCUAUCCAUCUUGCGUGCACCAGUGCCGGGAGCGGAAUCGCGGGUCGCAUUGUUGAUGCAUUCGAACAUCCGGAAUGCAAAAGGAACAGCAUUGCGAAGGAGCAUCAUGCUCAGCCAGGCUUAGCUCUCGUCCUAGACCCAGGCUUGAAGGAGAAGGACUUCGGUUGGAAAGAAUCUACGCGAGGUGGAGUGCACAUUGCUGGCUACCCUAAAGGUACUGCAAGUGGCGAAUCUCGUUCUGAUUUUUUGCAACGUGUACAUCGUGUGGGUGCAGAGUGGCUCGAUGCUACUUCAUCCCUCGCCUCGUCCUCUCCUACUACCAAAGAAAAAGAGGGAGCAGCGAUACCGCACAUCGUUAUCGUAUCGCAUGGAAUGUGGAUCUCAACUUUCCUUUCCGUCCAUCCUCCGACUACCAUCACCCAGGUUUCAGGUCAGCCGGGUUUCCUGCCGUUCGCAGCGAAUACUGGCAUGUUCAGUAUCAAGGUGCAAGCUCGUCGCUCUGCAGCACUCGAGUCAAUGUUGUUGACUAGUCCAAUCACUGAGCUAUUUAGAUCCAACGACAUUCGUCAUCUAGCCAACCUCAAGCGACAGAAAGGUGGUAUCGGGAGAGGCGCCUUCGACAGCAAACAAACCAAGCUUAGCUCUUUCUUCAGUCAGCCCGGCAACACAAAAGAAGGCAACGCUAAUGGGUCAAUAGAGGGAUCUCCGACGAGGAAGCGCAAGAGAUAG